AUAGAAGCGUGUGCGAGCUUGUGAUGACGUAGAUGGCAGAUUCGCAUCCGAGUUGGACCGUUCAAGAUGGCGGAGUAUCUUGCGUCUAUUUUUGGUACAGAAAAAGACAAGGUCAACUGCUCCUUUUAUUUCAAAAUUGGAGCUUGUCGUCAUGGAGAUCGCUGUUCUAGAUUGCACAACAAACCAACUUUCAGUCAGACCAUCUUGAUUCAAAACAUCUACCGUAACCCCCAAAACAGUGCACAGACAGCCGACGCAUCUCGCUAAGAUACUUCUCUGUUUCAUCAAAGCCCUGAGACCUUUACGUACCGGUUCUCUUGUCAUCUUGGAUGGAUGUCUGACCUCUCCUGCUGACCCCACUCCCCCCAAUUCACUUGUUUUCAUGAAUUGCCUAAUUUAUAAUGUUGAUAUCUCAUGUGGUCUGUAGACCUGGAUGCUAAACAGUCUUAGAGUUUUUUUUGUUUUUUUUAUUUUGUUGUUUUUUGUUUUUUUUUCACAAAGAUGCACAUUUUUUAUUUCAGACCAUUGUCCUCAUGAACAUAUACCGUAACACUCAAAACACUGUGCUGUUAGUGAUGUGGAAAUGCAGGAACAUUAUGAUGAGUUUUUUGAGGAAGUCUUUACAGAAAUGGAAGAGAAGUAUGGAGAUGUCGAGGAGAUGAAUGUGUGCGAUAACCUUGGUGAUCAUUUGGUUGGAAAUGUUUAUGUGAAGUUUCGGAGGGAAGAGGAUGCUGAAAAGGCUGUAUUGGACUUAAAUAAUCGCUGGUUUAAUAGCCAGCCAAUACAUGCUGAGCUCUCACCAGUUACAGACUUUAGAGAAGCCUGCUGUAGGCAGUAUGAAAUGGGGGAGUGCACUAGAGGUGGUUUCUGUAAUUUCAUGCACUUAAAACCCAUUUCCCGAGAGCUGAGGAGAGAGCUUUAUGGACGUCGUAGAAAAAGACAUCGUUCCCGGUCAAGAUCUCGUGAAAGACACUCUCGCUCUCGUGACCGCAGCCGUGGAGUUCGUGAGAGGAGAAGAUCAAGAGAUCGUGAACGUUCUGGAAGAUUUUGAGCCAUCACAGUUUUGCUGCCUAUGUUUCGUUGCUUAGUGUCAUCAACCAAUGACCAGCAUUUGUGAGACUUAAGAUGCCAUGGUUUGCUUGAAACCCUUUUGUUUGUCACUUUAUUUACUUUUUUAAGUGUACAGUUGAAAGAUUUUUGUUUCUCAAUAAAAGUGCAAUUUUAUAAA